AUAUCUUUGAUGCACAGUCUCCUUCAGUUCGCCCUCCAAUCCGAGCUGUUUACCGCGGCCCUUCAGCGCUGGGGUUAAGUUUAUUACAUUUAUACAAACAAAUCCCUACCUCCAGAUACUAGCAGACAGAAUGGCAGUCCCCCCAGCAUACGCCGAUCUUGGAAAAUCUGCCAAGGACAUCUUCAACAAGGGAUAUGGCUUUGGGCUGGUCAAGCUGGAUGUCAAGACCAAAUCAGCCAGUGGAGUGGAGUUCAAGACUUCAGGUUCAUCCAACACUGACACCAGCAAAGUGGUGGGCAGCCUGGAAACCAAAUACAAGAGGUCAGAGUAUGGCUUGACCUUUACGGAGAAGUGGAACACUGACAACACUUUGGGCACCGAGAUCACCAUUGAAGAUCAGAUUGCAAAGGGGCUAAAGUUGACUUUUGAUACAACUUUUUCACCAAACACUGGCAAGAAAAGUGGAAAAGUCAAGACUGCCUACAAAAGGGAAUAUGUCAACUUGGGCUGUGACGUUGACUUUGACUUUGCUGGCCCAACCAUCCAUGCUGCUGGAGUGGUUGGUUAUGAGGGAUGGCUCGCUGGAUACCAGAUGUCUUUUGACACAGCCAAAUCCAAGAUGACCCAGAACAACUUUGCAGUGGGCUACAAGACCGGUGACUUCCAGCUGCACACCAAUGUUAACGAUGGCACAGAGUUUGGUGGCUCUAUAUACCAAAAAGUGAGUGAUAAGCUUGAGACGGCAGUUAACCUGGCCUGGACUGCAGGCAACAACAGCACACGCUUCGGCAUUGCAGCCAAGUACCAGCUGGACAAGGAUGCCUCCAUUAGUGCCAAAGUGAACAAUACCAGUCUUGUUGGUGUUGGAUACACACAGACUCUGAGACCAGGUGUUAAGCUGACUCUGUCUGCCCUGGUUGAUGGAAAGAGCAUCAAUGCUGGUGGCCAUAAGCUGGGGCUGGGACUGGAGCUGGAGGCCUAAAGUCCUGUUCAUGUUCACAUCAGGGAUGAGGGAAUAUCAGAGGAAUCUGGCCUUAAAUCUUAACCAGCAGGGGAAUUCUGGAUGGGAAGGGAUGUGUUCAAAGACCACAAGAAAAACAACCAUUUUUAGUAACCAUUGCAAUGGUGUCCCCCCUUCUUCCUUGAUGCCUGUUUUUCAUUCAUCUUUGUUUUGCUGCAGUUUGCUUUGUUUCUGAAUCAAGCACUUCCAUGCAAAUAAAUGAAAUUGUCCUCCACUUGCUGCAGUGGGCUUUUAAGCCUGCAUGUUGCAUUUCUUCUUUAGUAGGACAUUUGUGUGGGUUGAGAGUGAGACAUACUUCUGAUUUUACCCUUUUAUAUUAUGUUAUUCUUAGUCGUCUGAACACUACUGCAGUCAUUUAACUCCAUUUGAAAACUUCUACCUGCUUAUAUUUAAGUAUGUAUUAAAUGCACAACCUAUUUUGAUGUCAGGCAGAUAGGUUUGAAAAAUGGUUGUACUUGAAACCUGCCCUUAAACUAAGCAGUUUUUGGGUGGCCUCAAUUGGUGAAAGGCUGAAUGUAAUGGAACUUGUGUAGAAGUUUUCGGCUGGCAUUUUGUUUUCUGCACAGAUGACUAGGAAAACUUAUGAUAAUGCCAAAAUGGUUGUGUUUUGAGUUCAGUACCUAAAGCUUUCAGUUUCUCCAUCCUGACCAUGACUUGCUAAGGUUCUUUUAAAAAACCUUAGAGGUCUUCAUGUGUAUGUUUUCAAUAAAGUCUUUGAACUCCA